UAGACGAUACUCAUCUUGGCUCUGGAAAGAAACUCAAGAAGAAGAUUUUGAAAUUUAAAGAUUAGAUGGGGCUUGACCUCUGCUGGGCAGCCCCCAGCUACAGUAAUUCCCCUGCUGAGCAGAGAAGAUGACUGCUGAAUUGAGAGAGGCGAUGGCCCUAGCUCCUUGGGGCUCAGUGAAGGUGAAAAAGGAGGAGGAAGAGGAGGAAAAUUUCCUAGGUCAGGCACCCAGCCAACAAGUGUACUCUGAGAACAUCAAAGUCUGGGCACCGGGAGAGGGUCCUCAGACAGGCCUUGAUGUAUCAGAAGAGGAGGAAAAGGGUCAGAACAUGUUCUGGGACAUGGCAGUAGUCCUGAAAGCAACUCAGGAGGCACCUGCUGCUUCAUUCCUUGGCAGCUACUCAUUACCAGGGACUCUGGCCAAGAGUGAGAUACUGGAGACUCAUGGGAAUUUGAGCUCUCUAGGUGCUGAAACCAAGAACGUACAGUUACUUGUUCCAAAAACUGAGAUAAGUGACGAAGCCGAGAAACCCCUCAUAAUAUCGGGAAGAAUCCAGAAGGCUGACCCUCAAGGAAGACCUGAGUUAGAAGCCUGUGAAAAAGGAAACAUGUUAAAGAGGCAGACAAUAAAGAGGGAAAAGAAAAAUUUCAGACAAGUGACAGUACAGAACUGUCACUUACCCGAAAGAUUCAAAGAGGAGGAAGACCAGAAGCGUAAGAAACCAGGGGGAAAAUAUAGCCUUAGUUCUGGCCCUGUUAAAAAUCAGAAAAUCCAGCCUGGGCAAAAACCUUUUACAUGUAGUGUGUGUGGGAAAGGCUUUAGUCAGAGUGCAAACCUCGUUGUGCAUCAGCGAAUCCACACUGGGGAGAAACCCUUUGAGUGUCACGAGUGUGGGAAAGCCUUCAUUCAGAGUGCAAACCUUGUUGUGCAUCAGAGAAUCCACACUGGACAGAAACCUUAUGUUUGCUCAAAAUGUGGAAAAGCGUUCACUCAGAGUUCGAAUCUGACUGUACAUCAAAAAAUCCACUCCUUAGAAAAAACUUUCAAAUGCAGUGAAUGUGAAAAAGCCUUCAGUUAUAGCUCACAACUUGCUCGACACCAGAAAGUCCACAUUACAGAAAAAUGUUAUGAAUGUAAUGAAUGUGGGAAAACAUUUACCCGGAGCUCAAACCUCAUUGUCCACCAGAGAAUCCACACUGGGGAAAAGCCUUUUGCCUGUAAUGAUUGCGGCAAAGCCUUCACCCAGAGUGCCAAUCUUAUUGUACAUCAGCGAAGCCAUACUGGUGAGAAGCCAUAUGAGUGUAAAGAGUGUGGGAAAGCCUUUAGUUGUUUUUCACACCUUAUUGUACACCAGAGAAUUCACACUGCAGAGAAACCUUACGAUUGCAGCGAAUGUGGGAAAGCCUUCAGUCAGCUCUCUUGCCUUAUUGUCCACCAGAGAAUUCACAGUGGAGAUCUUCCUUAUGUGUGUAAUGAGUGUGGAAAGGCCUUCACAUGUAGCUCGUACCUACUGAUUCAUCAGAGAAUCCAUAAUGGGGAAAAACCUUACACGUGUAAUGACUGUGGCAAGUCCUUCAGGCAGAGGUCGAGCCUCACUGUGCACCAGAGAACCCACACUGGAGAGAAACCCUACGAAUGUGCGAAGUGUGGUGCGGCUUUCAUUUCUAACUCUCACCUCAUGCGGCACCACAGAACCCAUCUUGUAGAAUAACAGCUUAAGGAAGAAGACGAUCUCCAGCUGUUGGCCAUAACCUACUGCCCCCAAAUUAGACACUUCUUUGCUGUUUUCUUCCUCCUUUGUAAAAACGAGGCCUACGUCCUUAAAAGUUACAGUUUUCAGGAAUGCAGCACAAAACACAAGACAAGGAUUUCAGAGGCUAAUCUAAAGAAAAAACUAAGCACCUAAAGGCAAGGACUUUAACUGUGUCC